CAAUCUUUUUAGAGAGGGUCAGUCCCCAGUUUGUCUUGGUACAAGGCAUCAUGCAGACCCAAGAACAAGCAUAGAAAUCACUCGGGACCGGAUAGGUCAUCCCCAUUCAUCACAAACUCCAUAAACUUCACCCAAAGCAUCAGGAUCACUGUUCUCCAGAACAAUAAGUAAGAAAAUCGCACCGGACUAUUGCAAUGCUCUCACAUUCUGACAUGGUCAAAGAGAGGAGGCAGCAAGCAUCCGCCAUCAUGAAAGAAAUCCAGAGAAAUGAAUCACCUGGAAUAGACCUUGGAAAAAAGGUCAGUAUCCCCAGGGACAUCAUGUUGGAAGAGUUGUCAUUGUUAAGUAACAGAGGAGCGCGGCUAUUCAAGAUGCGCCAACGAAGAUCUGACAAAUACACAUAUGAAAAUCUUCACUUUUUAUCCAGCAAGCCAAGAAAUCGCAGCGAGGUCAUACAGUGCAUUCAGUUGGAUGCUAGCGGCAUGGAGGCAGCUCAAGAGCAUGCGCCAACAACACCUCCUAAUACCCCUGAUCCACGGAGUCCACCGAACCCCGAAACCCUUGCCCCAGGAUAUUCUGGACCACUGAAGACAAUUCCUCCUGAGAGGUUCAACACUACAUCUGUGCCAAAGUACUAUCAAUCACCUUGGAUUGAAGCCAUCAGCAACGACCCAGAGCUGUUGGAGGCCUUAUAUCCCAAACUCUUUAAGCCUGAAGCAAAGCCAGAGCUGCCUGACUUUAAGAGCUUUAACAGAGUUGCCACUCCAUUUGGUGGUUUUGAGAGAGCAUCAAAACUGGUUAAGUUCAAGGUACCAGAUUUCAACUUCCUCCUGCUAAAUGAUCCACGAUUUAUGGUCCUUGCCAAUCCUCUUUCUACCAGGCGGUCUUUCAACAGGACUCCUAAAGGAUGGACCUCUGAGAAUAUUCCCAUAAUGAUAACUAUACACCCUACAGAGGUAAAUGGCGUUCCAGAAACAGAUGAUCUGUGAGGAGAGAGUGGAGCACUCCACACACAUCAGAAUCAGUCUGGUGAUACUCUGAUCUUUCAACAUGUGCUACAUCAUUUUCUUAUGCAGCUAAAAUGUAAUACCAUCUGAUGCUGUUAACAGUUUCUGAAGUUAAGUUUGUUCUACUAACACAAAUAAAAUAACUUGGCCAUUACCUUUGAAAAACUA